CUCGGCAUGUCACCAGUAAGGGAUCCCCAGGAUCCAAGGGAACCUUGCUGUGAACACCAAGAUCAUCUGAUCUCUGGCACCCAGACUAAUAACCUUCAGGGCUGUGCACUUUAACCUGGUAAUUGACCAUUCCUGACCCUCAGGCCCACUGACAAAAAAGUGAACAAUGAACAAACUGUCACGUGAUGUAGAAGCUCACGUGACUCGAACUACACAUGACUUCCAGUCCUAAGGCGCCUCCUGGAGAGCAAGGACACAAGGAAGCAGAGAUGCCCCGAGCCGCACUGUCUCCACUGCUCUUGCUGCUGCUCCUGUCCUGGGCGUCCCGGGAUGAAGCAGCUCCCGACCAGGAUGAAAUCGAUUGCCUCCCGGGCUUGGCCAAGCAGCCCUCUUUCCGGCAGUACUCCGGCUACCUCAGAGCAUCGGAUUCCAAGCACUUCCACUACUGGUUUGUGGAGUCGCAAAACGACCCUAAGAACAGCCCCGUGGUGCUUUGGCUCAACGGGGGUCCCGGCUGCAGUUCCCUAGAUGGGUUGCUUACAGAGCACGGCCCCUUCCUGAUCCAGCCAGAUGGUGUCACCUUGGAGUACAACCCCUAUUCUUGGAACCUGAUUGCCAACAUGCUGUAUAUUGAGUCCCCAGCUGGGGUGGGCUUCUCCUACUCGGAUGACAAGAUGUAUGUGACCAAUGACACAGAGGUGGCUGAGAACAAUUUUGAAGCCCUUAAAGACUUCUUCCGCCUCUUUCCGGAAUACAAGGACAACAAACUUUUCCUGACAGGAGAGAGCUAUGCUGGCAUCUACAUCCCCACCUUGGCUGUGCUGGUCAUGCAGGAUCCCAGCAUGAACCUUCAGGGGCUGGCUGUGGGCAAUGGACUGGCCUCCUAUGAGCAGAAUGACAACUCCCUGGUCUACUUUGCCUACUACCAUGGUCUUCUGGGGAACAGGCUUUGGACUUCACUCCAGACGCACUGCUGCUCUCAGAACAAGUGUAACUUCUACGACAACAAAGACCCAGAGUGUGUAAACAAUCUCGAGGAAGUGUCUCGAAUUGUGGGCAAAUCUGGACUCAACAUAUACAAUCUCUACGCCCCGUGUGCUGGUGGGGUGCCCGGCAAUGAUAGAUAUGAGGACACACUUGUGGUCCAGGAUUUUGGCAACAUCUUCACUCGCCUGCCACUCAAGCGGAAAUUUUCUGAGGCACUGCUGCUGCGAUCUGGGAACAAGGUACGCUUGGAUCCUCCAUGCACCAACACCACGGCCCCCUCCACCUACCUCAACAACCCAUAUGUUCGGAAGGCUCUCCACAUCCCUGAGUCGCUGCCCCGCUGGGACAUGUGCAACUUCCUGGUGAAUUUACAGUACCGCCGCCUCUACCAAAGCAUGAACUCCCAGUACCUGAAACUGCUAAGCUCACAGAAAUACCAGAUCCUCCUGUACAAUGGUGACGUGGACAUGGCCUGCAACUUCAUGGGGGAUGAGUGGUUUGUGGAUUCCCUCAACCAGAAGAUGGAGGUGCAGCGCCGACCCUGGCUGGUGGACUACGGGGAGAGCGGAGAGCAGGUAGCCGGCUUCGUGAAGGAGUGUUCACACAUCACCUUCCUAACCAUCAAGGGUGCCGGACACAUGGUCCCCACGGACAAGCCCAGAGCUGCUUUUACCAUGUUCUCCCGGUUCCUGAACAAGGAGCCUUACUGAUAGCUGCCGGGACCCAUGGAAAUCCGCAGUACCUGAUCAGCCCUCACAGCCUCUCUCAGUGGAGAGGAGCCCUCCUUUAUGCGAAAUGCCCCCGUGGGGCCACUCCUGCUCUAAAACUGCCCAGACUUCCCACAGCCCUGUGCAUCCCAGCCUGGGCCUCAGGGCUUCACAGACAGCCUAGCACCAAGCAAGCACUUUGUUCCGCCCACAGUAGGGUGGCCUGACCUCCCAGACCUGCAUUAAAAAAAAAAAAAGCCCCAUCCCAGGACCCCAACAGAGCUCUAGAGAGAGGCCAAGGAGAGGGGUGGAUGGAUUGUAAUUGAUGGUUGACUGAUUGUGGAAUUAAAUCGGCUAUAGCUUCCAA